UAUCUUCAAAAACUUGCGAAGCAAACGGACAAACAUGUUAGGAGUAUAAUUGAGAUUCUCGAAAGCCAAAGCGUUUUGUUGUUUUGAAAUCUAAACAACCCAGAAAAUUGUCUUAAACAGAUAAAGAGAGUACCCUUAAUCUUCUGCUAAAUUUGGUGGCCUUAUCAGUCACAGGCUUGGGUUUUCUGCACAGAGAGCAGGGCAUUCAUUGAAGGAGCGGGUUCAAAAAAGAGAAGAAAAUGCCGGCCACGGCAGGAAGGGUGCGGAUGCCCGCAAACAAUAGGGUUCACAGCAGCGCAGCCCUUCAAACGCACGGCAUCUGGCAGAGCGCCAUCGGCUACGAUCCCUACGCCCCCAACCAGAUCGCCAGCACCCACAACGAGGCUUCUGCUCGUGAAACUGCUGGAGCCGCUGAAAACGACGGAGAGAAUGCCUACGACAGUUUCCAGGGCCUUCUCGCUCUUGCCCGGCUUACAGGCUCCAACAACGACGAAGCCCGUGGUUCAUGUAAAAAGUGCGGUAGAGUCGGGCAUCUGACCUUUCAGUGCCGAAAUUUCUUGAGCGUGAAGGAGGAUAUUGCUUUUCAGACGAUUCCUGAGAAGGAUGAUAAUAAUGGCGAUAAUAAUAAGAGCAUUAAAUUCGGUAGCAAGAACGCUGUGAGCUCGUCCGAGGAAAGUGAGGAGGAGAGUUCUGAGUUGACCGACAGCGAUGAAGAUUCUGAAAUGGAGCGGAUAAUUGCCAAGAGGUUUGGUAAGAAGAGCAAGUCCGGGGAGAAGAAAGAUAAUCAUAAAGAAAGAUCUAGGGUCUCCUUGAAGAAAUCCUCGGUACGAAAAUCAAAGCGUUCAAGGGUUUCUGAUUCUGAAGGCUCUGAAGAUGAUGACGCCAAGAGGAACAAGAGAAAGGGAAGGAGCAGGAGGAAGAAAUCCCGCAGCAGCAAGAGAAGUUCAAGGAAGGACUAUUCUGAUGAGUCGGAGGAUGAUCAGUCCCUUGAAUCUAGUGAAGAGGAGAGGAGGUACAGGAAGGAGAAGAGGAAGAAGAAUAAGAAAAGAAGGUCUCACUAUUCAACUGAUAGUGAUAGUGAUUCUGAAGCAGCAGUGAGGACAAAGAGGAAGAAGAGGCAUGGCAAAGAUGAAAGAAGCAGACGAAGGCAUGCCAACACAGAUGAUGAUGAGUCUGAGAGUGGAGAGGAUCGACUGCAGCACAAACGUGAUAAAAAGCACAGGUCAACAAAAUAGAGCAGAAGAUUUUCAUAAUUUAUGGUUCUGUUUGGCAUGGUAUAUAAAUUGAAGAAUAGUGUCUUCAUUCAAGCAAAGAGAAGCACAUCUGGCAGCACAGUAGGGGGAAAUCAUCACUGUGAGGGAAGGUGUUUGCAUUGAUUGUUAAACUGUAUUGCAGUCUAUCUUAUGAAUAGCUUGCAACUCUUUACAUGGCAUAGAAUAAAGAUUUAUGUAUAUUGCAGAAAACCUAGAAGUCACUUAUAAUAUUUGUAGAUUUUUAUCA